CCUUCGCGCGUAAACCGCAUCCCUUCAUUCAUUGUCAGCUUCCUGGAGCCAUUUUUCAGCCGCGGCGGUGGCGGGGAGGUCGAAGCUGGGGCCCAACUACUCUUAGUCACACAAUCCGCCUCCAUCUGCGUCCCCCGGUGGUCGAUACCCCUCCGAAGGCUUCAUUCCAUGCAAGCAGGGGGUCUCCUCUUCAUACAUCCCCAAGUAUUUCCGAUUUAGAGGCUGGGGCCGUGCGGAUUAAAGGUUUUAGACGGAGGAGACCGAGGCAGCCCGGGACAGAAUCGGCGCACUAGGAGGAGGAUACCGGGGAGGCUUGCUCAAUAAGAUGAGAAAAGGAAUCCACCCCGGCCAUGAGAAGCUGCUAAUCCCCGGGUUCCAGGGCUCGGACAAGGGGUCCAGCUUAUCGGGGGGGUUCGUCGCCGGGGGAGGCGGUGCAAGUAUAGUCGGUGCAGGAGGCGGCGGAUACCUGCAGAUCCUCUCCUCACCCGGCCCGCUGCACAACCAGCAAGGACUGUGUGUAACCGAGCAGCAGAACCAAGCACCGGCGGCCAGCUACAUCUACUCCACCCCGCACGGACCAGCCGGUAGAGCCGGCCUGCUGCAGCCCGCACUGGGGCGUCCUCCGGCAAAGAGACGACUGGAGCUUGGUGAUGGAAGUCAUCAGUAUCUCUCUGAAGGCCUUAAGACUCCCAAGGGGAAAGGAAGAGGAAGUACGCUAUGCCCCGACAGUCCAAAAACUCCAAAGUCUCCGUUGGAAAAGACCCGUUAUGACACCUCGCUUGGCCUCCUGACAAAGAAGUUCAUUCAGCUGCUCAGCCAGUCUUCUGAUGGCGUUGUUGACCUGAACAGGGCUGCUGAAGUCCUCAAGGUCCAGAAGAGGCGAAUUUAUGAUAUCACAAAUGUGCUAGAAGGAAUCCACCUCAUUAAAAAGAAAUCGAAAAACAACAUCCAAUGGAUGGGCUGCAGUUUGCCAGACGAUGGUGGAAAUAUGGUUCGGUGUCAAGGACUAUCUAAGGAACUUUCAGAGCUCACCCAGGAAGAAAACAAACUUGAUGAGUUAAUCCAGAACUGUACUCUAGACUUGAAACUUUUAACUGAAGACACAGAGAAUCAAAGGCUGGCAUAUGUAACCUACCAAGACAUACGGAAAAUCGGCGGCCUUCAGGAUCAAACUGUUAUUGUGGUGAGAGCCCCUCCAGAAACAAGACUUGAAGUGCCUGAUCCUGUGGAGAGCUUGCAGAUCCGUUUGUCCAGCAGUCAAGGUGCAAUCGAUGUGUACCUGUGUCCUGACGAAAAUGAAUCAAACAGCCCAGUGAAGCCAUGCAAUUCUGACCAUAAUGGAAAUAUUUCAAAGCCAAACUCCAAAGAUACACUGUCUCCUAACUUGGGAACUAUAAAUUGCUCAGUGGAAGGAAUUUCUCCUUUAACGUCCCCAACAAACCUCCUACAACAGACAGAGGAUCAAAUACCUUUGAGUCUUGACGGUCCAUUUGUAAAUCUGCUUCCACCGCUCAUCCAGGAAGACUACCUGCUCAGCCUUGGUGAAGAGGAGGGAAUCAGUGACCUCUUUGAUGCCUAUGAGUUUGAAAAGUUGCCAUCCUUGGAUGACUUCAUGUGCAGUUGAUACAUGUUAUGCUUCAUCACUUUGUCAACAGACCAGAUUCAUUUUCAUUGUUUUGUACUUACGAAUGGGACCAGACUUCUGGACGUCACAUCAUUACACCGUUGUGUGUUUGGCUCAACAGUCUGCAGUGUCCUCGAUGAGCGCGCGGUUGCAGGAGCUCCAGUUUACUUGAUCCAAUGCUUCCUUAUGCAAGAGCCAUCAGGUGAUGCACUGGGCUUGCUUAAGACACAAGUGAGCAUCCUAUGUUGCCACUUUGUAGCCUCACAGCCGGGGUUAUAUCCGUGAGCCUUGGCCUGAUGGGGCCUAUGAAUUAUAUGAAGUAUCAAGCCGUGCCUUCCUGUGUAUUUUAUCCCCAGUUGUUGUGGAGACGAUCCACAAUAAAUGUGAACUGUCACUCUG